AGGUCUGAGGUGUUGGUCAGGUGACGAUGACGAGGAAGAUGACGAUGAGGAGGAUGAGGAUGAAGAAGAGCGCCAGCACCUGUCCCAGGCUCCAGGUUGCCGUGGCGACGCGCUGACGGACGCUAUGCUGGGGGGGUCCUGCAGGAGGCCGAGCUCACCUUGAAGACUUUUAGCAGCCAUGGAGACGAGCAGAAGUUCCCCCUGAGUCCAGCAGCCAGCGCCGUCGCCAUAGAGACCAGCGGCCAUGACGGACCGAGCGCCGUUCAGCAGCCGACCAGCGGGGGCGCCCAUCCUGCCCCCCGAGCCCAUCGACAUCAUCCGCGCCAAGGCUCGCUCCCGCAGGGUCCGCCUCAACGUGGGCGGACUGACGCACGAAGUCCUGUGGCGGACGCUGGACCGCCUGCCCCGGACGCGCCUGGGCCAGCUGCGGGACUGCAACACGCACGAGUCCCUGCUGGAGGUGUGCGACGACUACAAUCUGCCAGACAACGACUACUUCUUCGACCGCCACCCCGUGGCCUUCUCCUCCAUCCUCAACUUCUACCGCACGGGCAAGCUGCACAUGAUGGAGGAGAUGUGCGCCUUGUCCUUCGGCCAGGAGCUGGACUACUGGGGCAUCGACGAGAUCUACCUGGAGUCCUGCUGCCAGGCCCGCUACCACCAGAAGAAGGAGCAGAUGAACGAGGAACUGCGUCGCGAGGCCGAGACUCUCCGGGAGAAGGACGUGGUGGAGGAGGAGCUCGGAUGUUGUCCAGACCAGAGGCAGAAACUCUGGGACCUGCUGGAGAAGCCCAGCUCCUCCGUGGCCGCCAAGAUCCUGGCCAUGAUCUCCAUCCUGUUCAUCAUCAUCUCCACCAUUUCGCUGUCGCUCAACACUCUGCCAGAGCUGCAGGUGGUGGACGAGUUCGGCCAGUUCAACGACAACCCCAACCUGGCCCACGUGGAGGCGGUGUGCAUCGCCUGGUUCACCAUGGAGUACUUGCUACGGCUGCUGUCCGCGCCCAACAAGUGGAAUUUCAUCAAGGCGCCGCUGAACAUCAUCGACCUGCUGGCUAUCCUGCCUUACUACGUGACUCUCUGCCUAACGGAGUCCAACAAGAACGUCAUGCAGUUCCAGAAUGUGCGGCGGGUGGUGCAGAUAUUCCGGAUCAUGCGGAUCCUCAGGAUACUGAAGCUGGCCCGGCACUCCACCGGACUCCAGUCUCUGGGCUUCACGUUACGGAGGAGCUACAAUGAACUGGGUCUGUUGAUCCUCUUCUUGGCCAUGGGCAUCAUGAUCUUCUCUAGCUUGGUGUUCUUUGCCGAGAAAGAUGAGGAUUCCACCAAAUUCACCAGCAUCCCCGCCUCCUUCUGGUGGGCGACCAUCACCAUGACUACAGUCGGCUACGGAGACAUUUACCCGCAAACCCUCCUGGGGAAGAUUGUCGGGGGGCUCUGCUGCAUAGCCGGUGUGCUGGUCAUCGCCCUCCCCAUCCCGAUCAUCGUCAACAACUUCUCCGAGUUCUACCGCGAGCAGAAGAGGCAGGAGAAGGCCAUCAAGAGGAGGGAGGCUCUUGAACGUGCCAAACGGAGUGGAAGUAUCGUUUCCAUUAAUCCCAAAGAGGCUUUCGCACGAAACAUGGAGCUGACAGAUGUGCUGGUGGAGAAGAAGGAGGACAGUAAGUGUCCCGUGGACAACCACCUGUCACCAAGCCGCUGGAGCUACCACAAACGUUACUCCAACGCAGGGGCAGGCAGUCCCGAUCAGCCCAGACACUUCCAGGAAGUGGCUCAGGUGGGCUCCCGUGAAAGCAUCAAGACGUUGCCGAACAAAAGCAGCCCUCAGCAACCUAACGUCCAAGUUCCGGACGACCAGACGGAAAGUCAGGACAAACUCCUGGAGGAGGUGGAGAUGAGCGUGUUGAACCAAGAAACUUCAAAUGAAGGUGCAAGGACAGUCACCGGCACGGCUGAGCGUGGAGAGAGCGGCAGAGAAAGUUCUCUGGUUCCUGGUGUUGGCAGUAGUGCAAGACAACUGCGCGCACCCCCUCCCUUGGAUCUGAGUCAGAUCAGUGCCAAGAGCGCUGACAGUGUCCAGACACUAACACCCCUACAAGAGAAUCCCUACAACUUCAAGGGGAGCAUCAGCAGCUCCUCUGCAGAUUCUUGCAGCAUGCAGAAGCCAAGAGCCCACAAAGUGGACCUGAUUGGCGGACGGGAGGAUGUGCUUAUGACAGCCACGACACCUGUGGCCACCCCCGCCUCCGCCGGCUCAGCCAGGCUUGCCCAGGUCCUGGCGGACGACACGGCAUCCAGCAGAUUUUCUCUCAGCUCGGAAGUUAACCCUCCGCUACAGGCUCUCGUACAAUCUGCGUCCCCGAUGGGCCAAUUAGUUCGUCCGAGCAACUCUGCGGGGGAAGGUGAGAGAUUAGAAGGUGAAGGGCAGCUCACGGGUUUAAGCCGCCGGGGGAGGAAUCACGUGGAGCGCUCAGGCAGCAGCACUAGUCCUCUGCCUAAAGGCGGCGCGCUUAACUGCUCACAGGGACUGCUGACUGCGGAGGGGGCGGCGAGGGAGGCGGCACCUAGGGAAAGACAAGAAAACCAUGUUCUAGACGGAAGUCUGACACCACCCAAUGAAACCAGCAUGUGAGGCCAAAUCCUUCACAAGAGUGGACCUGGAGGGACUGAUGCCAAAUCCUUUGGGGACCCUCAAGCUUCCUUCCCGUCCGGACCAUGGCCUCAUCUCAGGGAGUCACGUGGUCCGACAGUACUGCCCUGUACUUAGUCGGGGUGUAACGCUACACGUGUUUGGAAUCCCAUCUUUCAGAACGUCGGCUUUGAUACGGAACUUGUGUUUACGGCAGGGGUGUCCAACUGGUUCUCAGUCAAGUCCACGUCGGGCCGCUUGUAACAGCAGAUACUCUAUGAAUUUGAUUAUUAUAAAUAUUUUUUAUGUACACUGUAAAAGACAAGUCUGUAGAUUGUACCGUAAAAAAAAACGGAAACUCACUCACCAGAAUUUUACUGUCAAAUUUACGAUGGUUUUUACUGUAAAUGGAAAACAGUACCACAGUUUUAUUUUAAUUCGGGCAACUGAACUGACAGUUUUUUCUACUGUAAAAAAUGUGAUAUUGUGCUUUAAUUUACAGUAAUAAACCGUAAAAAAAACAACCGUUGAUUUUACGGUAAAAAAAACGGUUCGGUUACCAGAAUUUUACUGUGAAAUUUAUGAUUGUUUUUACAACAUAUUACUGUAAAUGGAAAACAGUUUCAUUGUUUUAUUUAAAUUCUGGCAACUGAACUGAGUUUUUGGACUGUUUUGUACUGUAAAAAAUGUGAUACAGUAAUAAACCGUAAAAGAAAAAUGGUAAAACUGUCAAUUUAUUCACCAGAAUUUUACUGUACGAUAUAAAGUAUUUUGGGAGGUUUUCCACUGCGGUAAAUGGAAAAACAGUGGCCACUAAACUGCACCUUUUUUAACUGUAAAAAAAAAAAAGUUUUAGCAGUUUUCAAUUUACAGUAAAAACCUUAGAUUUUACAGUAAAAAAAACAGCAACUCAUUGACUAUGCUGUAAAAAAAACACUAAAUUGAACGUAAAAUCUUUAGUCAUUUGAUAGAUAACUUGCUUUGAAGUCAAGCACAUCUUUAAGUAUUGAAUUUAUAUUGUGACAAAAUUUAUUUUACGGUAAAAAAAAACAAAAACUGUUCAUUUACCAGAAUUUUACUGUGAAAUGUAUGAUUGUUUUUAUAACAUAUUACUGUAAAUGGAAAACCGUAUCAUUGUUUUAUUUAAAUUCUGGCAACUGAACUGAGUUUUUGGACUGUUUUGUACUGUAAAAAAUGUGAUAGUGUUUUCAUUUACAGUAAGAAACCGUAAAGAAAAAUGGUAAAAACUGUCAAUUUAUUCACCAGAAUUUUUCUGUACAAUAUAAAGUGUUUUGGGGGGUUUUCCACUACGGUAAAUGGAAAAACAGUACUACUGUUAUUUUUUUAAAUUGUGGCCACUAAACUAAAGUUUUAGCAGUUUUCCAUUUACAGUAAAAACCUUAGAUUUUACAGUAAAAAAAACAACAACUCAUUGACUAUGCUGUGAAGAAAACACUAAAUUGAACGUAAAAUCUUUAGUCAUUUGAUAGAUAACUUGCUUUGAAGUCAAGCACAUCUUUAAGUAUUGAAUUUAUAUUGUGACAAAAUUGAUUUUACGGUAAAAAACGGUUCAAUUACCAGAAUUUUACUGUGAAAUUUAUGAUUGUUUUUACAACAUAUUACUGUAAAUGGAAAACAGUUUCAUUGUUUUAUUUACAUUCUGGCAACUGAACUGAGUUUUUGGACUGUUUUGUACUGUAAAAAAAUGUGAUAGUGUUUUUAUUUACAGUAAUAAACCCUAAAGAAAAAUGGUAAAAACUGUCAAUUUAUUCACCAGAAUUUUACUGUACGAUAUAAAGUAUUUUGGGGGGUUUUCCACUGCGGUAAAUGGAAAAACAGUGGCCACUAAACUGCACCUUUUUUAACUGUAAAAAAAAAAAAAAAAAAAGUUUUAGCAGUUUUCAAUUU